AUGGCGAUUGACACAGAUGUUCUCGGCAGCUUUUCGCCGACGGUGAUUAUUGUUGGCUGUGGACUAGGGGGUCUUGCGUGCGCCAUUGCAUGCCGUCGUGAGGGUCUCGAUGUCACUGUUGUAGAGGCUGCGAAAGAACUCAGCGAGGUGGGCGCUGGUAUACAACUACCGCCGAUAGCCUUGCGAAUUAUGGAUAGGUUUGAUUUGAUUCCCCAGCUUCGUCGUGCUGGACUCCAAGGCCAAGUCAAGUGUCGAAUACUGCGAUGGGAGGACGGCAGCCUGAUCGGGCUCCGACCUGAAGAAGAUUGGUCAGUGCAGAAGUUUGGAUAUUCCUGGCAUACAAUCCAUCGUGCAGACUACCAGCGUGUACUCGUCGAAGAGGCCAAACGCCUUGGGGCGAAGAUCCGCCUGAACAGCGCCGCCGCCAGCGUUGACUGCCCAGACAUAUCGCCGAAAGUCUAUCUCGAAAGCGGAGAGCAGCUACAAGGAGACGUAGUCACUGGGGCAGACGGGCUUCAUUCUAACACUAGAACGGCAGUGUUGGGAUAUGUAAAGAACGCGAAAGAGUCUGGUGAUCUGGCUUACCGAAUCAAUAGGGAUUACCGAGCUACUUAUUGGGGGCCUGACAGUCAUAUCGUCAUGUACCCAGUGAAGGAUGGGCAGCUGUUGAAUAUGGUGGUUAUCCGUCCAGACGACUUGCCUGCCGAAGUAGCUCGCCAACCAGGAGAUAUUGCAGAAAUGCGUAAGAUGUUUGAAUACUGGGAUCCUUGCCUUCGCCGCUUGCUAGACAAUGUUAAAGUUGCCCUCAAAUGGAAGAUAUGGACCAUGGAUCCAUUAGAAACCUGGACUAAAGGCUCGGUAGCCUUGCUCGGUGACGCCUGCCACCCUACCGUUCCAUACGCAGCUGCAGGUGCUGCAAUGGCGGUUGAAGACGGCGCGGUCAUCGGUCGACUGCUAGGCCUUGUCAAAGAUUCUGGCGUUUCGAAGGAAAAGCUCCCCGGCAUGCUGCAGCUGUAUGAAACCAUCCGCAAAGAACGCACUACCACCACAGUCGCUACGGCCGAUGCAAAUCGGGACUUGUAUCACAUGCACGAUGGUGUUGAACAAGAGAAGCGGGAUGCCUUCUUUGGAGAUCAUGACUGGUGGGACGAACGGCGUACUGCACCGUACAGGUUUGCAGAUUUUGGGUUCUUGCACGAGCUGUUUGGCUUCGAUGCAGUUGAGGACGCAGAAGAAGGAUUUUUGAUGUGGGAAAAGGACCAGCAGAAAUAG